CCCAAAACCAGAUAAAGGCCCUGAUUUUUAGUCCCACUGUCUUCUCCUCUCCUGGACUCGGCAGUCAAAGGUCAGCCCCUAAAUUACUGUGGGACCCUCAGCAAUUCCUCUUUCCCCCCUCUUUCUCUCUCACAGAAUCUCCACGACGACAGCUGCAAGCCUCCAAUGCCCAAAACCCAAAACCCAAAUCCCUAGAAUUCACUGAUACUUUGUCUUCCCUUCAAUUCGAUCUCUUGCUCGAUCGGUCAAUGCCGAUAUGGUCAGAGAACCUUAAAUAGGCAUUUAUUUACGGGUUACUUGUAGAUCACUCCUUUUGAGAUUGUUUCUUGAGUGAGUUUAACUAGGUUUCGAAGAAGAAGCUAUUUGUUGAUAUGAGCUGGUUCCCUUGGGCCUGAGUAAUGGCAGGAAGUGUGAGAUUUGAGAUGAGUUCUGCCAGUCCAGAGGAGUUGGCCUUUGCAGGGUCCUACCCAAAUGGGCUGAGGGGAAAUUACCCUGGUGCCUGUUUGGAUAGGUCUGGAAGCUUCCGUGAGGGUAGUGAGAGUCGGAUGUUUAGUUCUGGUGGUUGUACGCCCAGGGGCAGUGCUUCUUCGACAGGGAAUUUGCCUCCACUGCCUCAGUGCUUGAUGUUAGAUCCUAUUACAAUGGCUGAUCAGAAGUGUCCUUCGUUAGGUGAGUUAAGGAGGGUUCUGGGAGUAUCUUUUGGGGGAACUGCAGAAGACAAUGCAUUUGGAACAGCUCAUCUAAAGCCUCACCCUCCAGUGGCUGCAGAGGAACUAAAGUGGGUCAAAGCCAGCGUGCUAGAUGCCUCAAACAAGGCCAGGGUUAGAGCAAAACGGUUGGAUGAAUCUAUAGACAAAUUGAACAGGUACUGUGAAGCUUUAAACUUAAAGAAGCAGCAAAGGAAUGAGUUUAUAACAAAUGAAAGAUCAGGUGGGUCAAACUUGCCAAAGAUGGGAGCUCAGAUGAAUCGGAACUCUUCAGAUCUUAUGAAUCAAAGGCUGGAAGACAGGACUAAGACUGUCGUGAUGAAUAGACGUGUUCGCUCAUCGGUCACAGAAAUAAGGGCUGAAGGCAGAAGUAAUAUGCUCACAAGGCAGCCUGUGGUCAUGGGAAAAGAUAGGGAUAUGCUUAGAGGUGAAGGCUCUGAUGUUGUUGAGGAAAAGAUUCGCAGACUGCCUGCUGGAGGGGAAGCAUGGGAUAAGAAGAUGAAAAGGAAGCGUUCUGUAGGCACUGUAUUUAGCAGACCCAUGGAUGGUGAUGCAGAGCUAAAACGAAACUUGCAUCAUAAGCCUACUGAUGAGCCUGGUCCCCAAGCUAGUGAUGCUCAAGGUUUCAGAUCAGGGUCAUUUAAUGGUGGUAAUGGCAUUAACAAGUUAGACUCUAAUUCCUUGUCUGUCAAUGCUAAUGCCCGUGUUGUGCUAAAGAAUGAGCUGGACAAGGUCUCUCUUUCAAGGGAUUUAAUGGCUGGGUUGAGUAAGGAGCGACUUGGAUCAAAGGGAAACAAUAAAUUAAAUGUUCGUGAGGAUAGUCAAAUACCCAGUCCUACUCCAGUGACAAAAGGAAAGGCUUCAAGGGCACCAAGAAAUGGCCCUAUCACAGCAAGCAACUCAUCUCCUAGUUUUCCUCGUACAUCUGGAACACCUGAGGGAUGGGAACAACCUGCAACUGUAAACAAAAAUCAUUCCAUAAAUGGGGCUAUCAAUCGCAAGCGUCCAAUGCCCACAGGAUCAGCCUCACCCCCCAUGGCUCAAUGGGUUGGUCAGAGACCACAAAAAAUCUCUCGAACCAGAAGAUCAAAUCUAGUGUCUCCUGUGUCAAACCAUGAUGAACUGCAGAUACCCUCAGAAGGUUAUUCACCUUCUGAUGCUGGUGCUAGGUUAAAUUCUUUUGGAACCAAUGGGCUGCUUCAAAAGAGUGUUUCGAAUUGUGCCCACCAAAUUAGAGUUAAACAAGAAAUUGUUUCAUCUCCUGCCAGAUUAUCUGAAAGUGAAGAAUCUGGUGCUGGUGAAAACCGUGAAAGUAGAUUGAAAGAGAAAGGACCAGGUGGUGGUGAAGUAGAUGAUAGAGCUGUGACUGCUGUGCAGAAUACUGGUUCUUCCCUAUUGCCUACAAAGAAGAAUAAACUGCUCAAUAAAGAGGAAAUUGGAGUUGGUGUGCGGAGACAGGGAAGGAGUGGCAGGGGUUCAUCCAUUUCUAGGGCUAGCACUGUAGCUACUAGGGAAAAAUUGGAGACUCCAGCCUCGACAAAGCCACUUAAAAGUAUGAGGCCUGGUUCUGAGAGGAAUGGAAGUAAGUCAGGACGACCUCCUCUGAAGAAACUGUCAGAUCGGAAGGCCUUUGCUUGUCCGGGGCAUAUAUCAACCAACGGGUCUCCUGAUUUUGCAGGUGAAUCGGGUGAUGACCGUGAAGAACUUUUAGCAGCUGCAGCUUUUGCUUGUAAUUCCAGAAGUAUGUUUCUAAGACUAAUAUUGUUUUUUUUCUCCUUCAUUUAG